AUGAAUGAAUAAUAGUAACCUAUACGAGAAGCCCCAAUGUUUUUCAAUAUAUCGAAACUAUCCUAAGGAUCAUUAUAGAGAUAUCAAGUAAAACUGUUGGCUAUUAAGCUAAUUAGACAUUUUAUUAGAAAGAGCAGCCAUUCUUAGAAUAAAAUAGCACAUUAACAUUGGAAUAAAAGGUGUAGCUUCAUUUUGAAUAAUUGAAAUUAGAUGACAAACUAGUAUUGGAGAAAUUCUUAAGAUUGAAAAAGGAUGAAACAUAAGCAGCCUUAGCUAAAAGAAAUCCUCGUAAAAAACCAUGA